UGCAUUUACAGAGGUGAAACAGCAGGGGUCUUCUGGAGUGGUGGUCCUUGCUGAAAAGUCCCUCAGUGGAAAAUCCUGAAACAUCCUUGUUCGGGCCAUGGCACAGCCAACCUAAUCAACACAGAUUUUGCAGCUUUUUGUACAUGAUGACUCCCAGUCUAAAUGGAGCUCUCUGUUGUGUACGCAUCUCAGACUCACAGAAUACCUUGAAUUGGAAGGGACACACAAGGAUCAUUGAGUCCAGCUCCUGGCUCCACACAGGACCACUCCAGAAUCAACCCAUGUGUCUGAGGGCGUUGUACAAACACUCCUUGAACUCCAGGAGCUCGCUGCCAUGACCACUGCCAUGGGCAGCCUGUCCCAGUGCCUGGCCACCCUCUGGGUGCAGAACCUUUCCCUAACCCCCAGCCUGACCCUCCCCUGUCCCAGCUCCAUGCUGAUCCCUCAGGUCUUGUCGCUGUUCAGCAGAGAAUGAAGAAUGGCAGCUGCAAAGCCAGAGGGCUGAUCUGGGGGAAACAUGCCCAGAGGAAGGGUGGCUGGGUGGGAGAGAAGAGCAGCAUCGCCCGGCCACUACAGCGCAAUGGGAUUUAAUAACAGCCUCCACCAGUGCCAGCACCUGGAGCUGACACGCUGCGGUUUAUCAGCCGCGUGAAAGCAGCCAGGUCUCCCUGAGUGCACAGUUGGCCCAUUCCCAGUGCAGGUCAAAUGCUGCUCAAAAUGCUGCUUUUCCCAGUGCCGCUGAGAUAAGCCAGCACCCUCCCCUAUAAAAGCCACUACGAGCACAGCGAGGUGCACGAGCGCAUGUGCCUGGUCCGGCCAUGCCCACCAGGGAGCUGCUGGGGCUGGCGGUGGUGCUGGUGGCUCUCAUCACCACCAGCGGGGCAGAGCUGGAUGAAGGGAAUGGCCUAAGAAGGCCGGUGUGCGGAGAGAUGGCUGAGCUGCUGGCCUGCCCCCUGGUGAACUUGCCUGUCUGUGGCACCGACGGGAACACCUACGCCAAUGAGUGCUUGCUCUGUGUGCAGAAAAUGAAAACCAGGCAAGACAUCCGGAUUUUGAAUAACGGGAGGUGCAGAGAUACCUGAGCUUUCUAGUGGCUUUCCUGAGGCUGGAAACAGGUGAUUAAUUGAUCCUGUGUGCUCUGUGCAGAUCGAACGUUUCAGCCAGGGAUGGCGAAUAAUAAAAUUACAUGCAUAAUCAUA